AGAUCUUUCUCUCGUCUUCUCUUCAGUGUCUCCUGAUACCAGUCCACUCGUUCUUCUGACUCUUCCGCAAUUCCACACUCCCAUCCGCAACUAUCCGACCCGGCUUAACUUACGCCUUACCUAACGAACCGUCAUCAAGAUGAAGCUCUCCGCUGCCGCCCUUCUUGCCAUCGUGGCCGCUGUCAUGGCCGAUGAGGAUAACUGGACCUUCUCGCCGCCGUCGCCGCCUCAGAAGUACACCACUAGCACCGUGUACAGCACGACGACCAAGACUAUCAUCAGCUGCCACCCCACCGUGACCUCCUGCCCGGCACACAGCACCGUUCUCACCACGGUCACCGUGCCCGUCAGGACCACGGUCUGCCCCGUGACCUCGGAGCUCCCGCCCCCGCCCGCGCAGACCUGGAGUGCGCCCCCUCCCCCGCCAUCGUCGGUCAGCAUCAUCAUUGGCUCCCCCUCCGGCUACCCGACUGCUGUCCCAUCCACGGGCAGCCUCGUGCCGCCCCCGCCUCCCCCGCCUCCGGCAUCCAGCGAGGCCUCCGUCCCCGCCGUCGUUGCCCCCACCCCCGUUGAGUCGUCCGUCGGCACCAUCACCAUCCCCAGCGGGACCAGCAGCGCCACCUUCGCCGUUGUCACUGCCGGUGCUGCCCAGAACAUCCAGCGUGCUGGUGGCGCUCUCGCCGUCGUUGCCCUGGCCGCUGCCCUGAUCUAGGGAAGCUGCUUUGGUUUCGGGGAACGGUGCCUGUUCAGGAGGGAGUUGCGCUUAGAAGGGUUGAUUGGAGAGGAAAUGGAAAGGCCGUGACUCUGCUACCUCAUGUCACUUUUUUUUCUGGCUGAGAGCGAGUCACGGCUGUCUCUUUGUCACUUGUGUUGCUGCCGGGUUAAGUUUCCGGUUCGGUCUCCUUGACUUGAUAGGAGACCGCCUCGGGACUUGCCUCGCGCUGUUUAAUAGUCUGGGAUAAUAUACGUGGAUUGCUACUUUGCCUAU